ACAUUUUCCCGCCAAAGUCAAUAACCUGUCAAUUUGAAAUUUUGUGAGAAAAGAAAGAGCUUUGAAAUUUUUUUUAUAUUCAAAUCCUGAAUAACAAUAGACUUUCUUGCAAAAUAUAGCUAAUAAUAUAAACCAAAGAUGCCCAUUUCUCAUGUGCCUUUCAGAUAUGCACAUAACGAAGGAUACACUGAUAUUUGUUUCUCAGAGGAUGGACAGAAAUACGUAACUUGUGGCUCAGAUGGGGACAUUCGAAUUUGGUCACAAGAUCUAUACGAAGACCCUGUUCACAAUUGUGUUGGUGAAUGGGCACUAGCAGUUCGACAAAAAGGAAGUAAACUAUACAUUGCCACCAGCAAUAAUGACGUUCAAAUUAUCACAUUUCCUGACGGUGAUAGAGAGGGUGUACUUGAUAGAUUCGUGGCUCCAAUUAAUAACAUUGCUAUAUCCAAAAGCGGUGAACUCAUAGCACUGGCAGCAGAACAAAUGGAAGUAAAACUCAUUCAGUUUGAGGGAGAGCAAAAAAAGAUUUCAACUAUAGAAGGCACUGCUCCAUUUUUGAGUGUAGCCAUUUGUCCUAAAUCUAAAUUAGUUGCAGCUUCUUGCGGAGAUGGCAAACUUCGUGUGUGGAAUGUUUCAGAUAAAUCUCUCCAAAAAGAAAUAAAUUGUUUUCCUAAAGUAAACAGUUUUUCUAAUGCAACAGUCUUAUGUAGGAUAGAUUUCAAUCCGAAAGAUAGUAAUCAACUUAGCUAUCCAGAUGGGGCUUCUGUUGUCAUUUUGAAUACUUCAGAUUGGUCAGAAAUAUGUACUUUGAACUGUGACGAUGUAACGAAACCGUAUUCUAUUGUUCAAUACUCACCUUGUGGCAAAUACCUGGGUGCUUCUUCUGUUGAUGGAGAUUUUGUUGUUUGGGAUGUUGCUGGAGAAACUGUGAAUAAUGUUACAAAACACCCAAAUAGUACCAGAAUAUCUGCGUUUGUUUGGAACCCUUCAGGGCAGAAUCAAAUCGUUUAUACUGAUAUAGAAGGUCAACUGGGAGUAAUGUCGGAUUGUAUCAACAAAGAAGAUUCUUCCAAAGAGAAAAAGGAGGAAAACGAAACUGGAGAAACUGAAAAUGAUGAUGUAGAUUUUGGAGAGUAUCAGUUUGAAGACGACGAUGAAGACAAUGAAAAUGCUGUGUCAUUGGAGAAACUUAAGAAGCAAUAUGCUGAAGACGCUGAACCAGAAAUACAAUCAGUUAUGUCGAGGGCCUCAACUCCUAGACCUAGAACGCCUGAAAUACCGCUUCAGGAAGCUUUUAUGCCUUCUUCGACACCUUACCACUUAGACCCGAGAUAUCUUUGUUGGAAUGAAGUAGGAGUAGUUAGAUGUUACGGCAGUACUGUAGACGAAGAUGAGAGUAAUUCGAAAUCGAUCGAGGUGGAUUUUCACGACUCAACGUUCCACAGCAGUAUGAUGAUGCAAAAUUAUCAAAAUUACACAAUGGGUUCCUUGAGCACAUCUGCCCUAGUCGUAGCAAACACCAGUCAGAUCAAUGUGAUUCCUCUUGCUUCCCGAACGAAAGAAUGGACUCUGACGAUGGAGGAUACAGAAGAAAUAGUGGCCGUUGCAGCUUCUGAAUUGUUAGUUUGUGUAGCUUUGGCCAAUUAUAUCGUGAGAGUGUGUUCUCCUUUUGGCACCCAGAGGGCAGUAUUCUCCUUACCUGGUCCCAUAGUAUGCUUAUCUUCAUUCAGGGAUGAUAUUUUAGUGGCUUAUCAUUCUGCACCUGUCAGGAAAGGAGACCAAUGUAUUGCUUUCAAGUUGAUCAGAUUAGAAGGGAUGAAUUUCCAAGGUCAAGACCUUGGAUGUACUCUGGGACCCCAAAGCACCCUACAUUGGAUGGGAUUCUCAGAUUUAGGCACUCCCGGAGUGUUAGACUCCUGCGGGUUACUCCACAUGUAUCCCUUGAACUGCAACACUUGGAUACCAUUUUGCGAUGUCAACAAACAUAAAAAGGGCAUGUCCGAUGAGUUCUUCGUUACGGCUAUUUUGGAAUCCUACCAGACAUUGUGCGGUAUAAAAUGUAGGGGUACCAGGUAUCCAACGGUAACACCAAGACCAACCAUGUGCGAAGUACCUUUGGAGGCACCUUUCGCAGAGUUAUCAACAGAAAAGGGACAGAUGGAGAGCAGUAUGUUCACUUGGUCCACUCUGCAGAUACCGAAUACUGAGAAGAAACUGAAGGAAGCAGCUCUUAAAACUUUUGCGCUGGCUUGUAAAACUAAUUUGGACCAAAGAGCUCAAGAAAUCAUGGAGAUAUUGGCAAACCCGACGAUUAUCAAUUUAGGAAUCAAAUACGCCUCAAGGUUGGAUAAAAAACGUUUGGUGGAAAAACUUACAGACCUCGCAGCAAGAUUAGUGAAUGAGGAGGAUGUAAAUAAUACAGUACAGGAAGUGGAAUCUACUGAAUCUGAAAUUCCUAGGAGAUUGACUCUAGAUCUGAAGAAUAGUUCUCGAAAGAAAACUAUUGUGGGAAGUGGAGAGGGAUCGAAAAAUGGAGAAUCCGAAAAGUCCGAAACACAGGAUUCAUUUUCGACAUCGAUAAAUGGUUCAAUUAAUUCUUCGAUGGCUUUCGAUUCACAAGAAUCUGCGAUAAUAACAGCGCCCCCAAAAAAUCCAUUUUUGAAAAGUUUGAAGAAAACCAAACCUGCCGAUCCUAAUCCUUUGAGUCUUUUAGACAGUACGGCAGGAAUCAGUUUUAAUGCAGACAAAUUGAAUGGUAAAAAAGAAGAGGGAGCAGAGAAAAGGAAACAACCCGAGUCAGAGACUGAAAAUCAAAAAGCUAAACAAAGAAAGUUGGAUCGUUUUAUGUUUGGUAAACGAUAAUCAUCAAAAGAAUAAGAAAAAACUUUAUUCCUAUUUUUAUAAAUAAUUUUUACAUCAUUUAACUUAUUUUAAUCCUCAUAAGUGCCUUUUCAAUUUGUAAAUAUAUAAUUCUAGUGUAA